AUGGCCUUAGACUCUGUUCGCACUUUGAGCUUUCAUUUACAUGGCGAUCAUGAGAUGCUGAAAGCCUUGAAAACUCAAGCAGCAGAUUGGUUACCAGUCCGGCGAAUAACCUUUAACAUCAAAGCAUUAUCAGGGAUUGAUAGGUGUUCUGAUAAGCAUGAUAAAUCUUGCUGGUAUAGGCUGCAAGAGCUUGGUUAUGCGCCUGCACUGUUUUGCAUGAUUGCUAUUAAUGGUCUAGCCUCUCUUCCAAGCAAUGAAUUCAACUCUCUUCUAGCAAAUGUUGCGCAGUACAUGACGAUGCAGGAGAUAUUGCUAGACUGGAUGGGUAUGCAAGAGAUCAGGGAGCGUCUAGUAAAGUUGCCUAGAGUAACUUCCACAACACCAUUUCUUGAGAAAAUGAAGUAUAUAUUCUUAAAUGCCCCAGCUUCUAGUAUUUCGCAUUUGCCAGAGCCAUUCAGAACAGCCGUUGAGAAUAGCCAGCAAUGGAGGUUAGAGAGGAGUCAAAAUUUAGAGAUAACAUUGUACAUCUCAUUCACCAUCUGGUGCGGACACAAUGAUGGUUAUCAUCUCAAUAGUGUCUUCAGGAUGAAGAGAGAAAUCACUUCUCAUGACUUGAAAUAA